UCUCGAUCCGGCCUUCGACCAGAACGAACGCACUCUUCUAAACAGCCUCCUCCAGUUCGCGGUAUAACCGCGAGAAAAAUGCCCGACGUCGUCGAUUCGAUUCCGCAUAAUCGGUCGGAAAAACCUUGACAGGUAGCAAAUAACUGCGAGCGGAACGAUUGACUCUUGGUCAUUGUCGUGGAGAAAAUGCUCAAAGGUGGUGGUGCUGGUUGAGUGUGAGUGAUGUGACAGUUUUCGUGGCGAGGAUAGCAGGGAUUUAACAUGAUCGGACACGCUGGAUUCUGGACAUGGUUUUUUCAAAUGAAGUUGUUCCUAUUCCUGUUUCAACCACAAACGGAAGCAGCGGUUAUGGCACCACCAUGGGCCAACCCCAAGUUGAAUCCUUGUGCGUCUCAACCUAACGGCUGGCAGCUCCUAUUUUGGCCGCCCGAAGCGAAAUGUUAUAAAAUAUUUCAAGUGGGCCAUCCUUGCCCGGACGGAAUGGAACUCAGUCCGUCGCUCAGCAAAUCCGGUAAAAAUUUGUCAGCCGAAUGCAGAUGUACCCCGGAAACGGCCCAAUCUGCAACGGACGGCAAAUGUUACGCGCUAUUUUCGCUGGGUCCUUGCGACGGAGGAGAAUAUUUCGCCCCAGACACCCAAUAUAAAAGUGAGAAUUCCAAGCGACAAUGGGGAGUUUGCAAACAAAUAAAAAAUUGUUCGGACGAAACGAUGGUCUAUUGGCCCAAGGACUCAAAAUGUUACAAAUUACUGAGCCGAGGUCCUUGCCCCAAGGGACAACUGCUCACGACUGAUCCCAACGGAAAUAUUCCGGUCUGCAAGUGCGGCAAUCAAGUCGAAUUGAAAGACUACAGAUUCGCAGACGGACGGUGUUACCAACAUUUUACCAAAGGACCUUGUUUGGAGAAGGGGCAUUUGUUUCUGCCAGACAAAACAUGCGGUUGCCAUAAUUAUUUGCCACAUUAUCAUGAAGGAAGUCAAAAGUGUUUCGAGUUAGGUACCUUAGGCCCAUGCGCAUCUGGCCAGCACUUCCAGCUUGAUCCCCAAACUCACCAAGCAACCUGUCAAUGCAAAGAGGGCUACAUCCCCUACAUCAAUUCUACCUCGUGCUUCAGACCAUUCACUCAGGGACCUUGUCCAGCGCACCACAUCCUACUCGAUGGCUCGACGUGUCUACCACAGCCUUGCGAGCGGGGCUACCUCUACUUCCCUGCGGAUCGUAGCUGCCACAGGAUAGGCCACCGCGGCCCCUGCCCCAGGAACAGAAUAAUCACUUACGACUUCAACACCCGCCCCUCGGUCGACGGAAUCAGCUACAACGGAAUAUGUGCGUGCGAGAAACGAGACUGCAGCAACGAACAAAACACCAACCAACAAACUACCGAGCGGGUUCGGUGUGAUCGGACGAAAGGGUUGAUUCGGUUCGGGAACGAGUGCCAUAAGAUGUACACGCAGGGGCCUUGCUUCAGAGGCUCAUGGUUAGUACCGAAGAGGGACGGAAGGGAGGGGAGACAGGAGCAGGAACUGUUCAGCGAAGGGUGGAAGGAACGGGUCGGGCUGUGCGAGUGUAUCCCGGGGUACAGGAGAAGCAUUCGGAUGGUCGGGCAGAAAAACGUUACGCUCUGCAUGUCGCCGACGGUUAUGCUUGCAGAGUACUUGAACGGAACGUAUACGGUUGCCCGUGUGAUUAGUGCUAGGUGAUAUAGCUACAAAGUAAUUAUGCUUUGGUUCUGAAAGUGCCAACGACAGCACUUUGUUCGAAAAAUGUGAUUUUUUUUUUAAUAAAAUUGUUGACAGAUA